UAGGGCAGCAGAAGCAGGACAGCCAGACAGGCCGGACGGGGUACCAGCGCCUCAACUUCCCUCCCUGGGACACUGUCCAAACUCCGAGGGCCAUAGGCCAAGCUGAGCGAUGGGUGCUGAGGAGGAGGUGCUGGUCACACUGUCAGGGGGAGCCCCCUGGGGCUUUCGACUUCAGGGGGGGGCCGAACAGAGGAAACCUUUACAGGUAUCCAAGAUCCGAAGACGGAGCCAGGCUGGCAGAGCAGGACUCCGGGAGAGGGAUCAGCUUUUGGCCAUUAAUGGGGUCUCCUGCACCAGCCUCUCUCAUGCCAGUGCCAUGAGCCUCAUCGAUGCCUCAGGGAAUCAGCUUGUCCUCACCGUGCGGCGGGUAGAGGACGAGAGGCCUGUGCGAUCUCCAUCCCCUGGUGAGCUUCAGGCACUGUCACCCUUGUCUCCGCUGAGUCCUGAGCCCCCUGGUGCUCCAGUUCCCCAGCCUCUCCAGCCUGGGAGCCUCCUCUCGCCCCCUGACAGUGAGGCUUACUAUGGAGAGACAGACAGUGAUGCUGAUGGCCCAGCCACCCAGGAAAAGCCCCGCCGACCCCGCCGCCGAGGCCCCACAAGGCCCACCCCUCCAGGAGCCCCACCUGAAGAGGUCUACCUGUCUGACAGCCCUGCAGAGCCAGCACCCGCUGUCCUUGGGCCUCCCAGCCAGGGUGACAGCCGCAUGAGCUCCCCAUCUUGGGAGGAUGGGACAACUCUUCAGCCAGCCCCGGCCGAGGCCCUGCUGUUGCCCCAUGGCCCCCUCCGGCCUGGUCCUCAUCUCAUCCCUAUGGUGGGGCCUGUUCCCCACCCAGUGGCAGAAGAUCUUACUACCACCUAUACCCAGAAGGCCAAACAAGCCAAACUGCAGAGGGCAGAGAGCCUCCAAGAAAGAAUUGUGAAGGAGGCCAAGACCAAAUGCCGGACAAUUGCAUCUCUGCUAACUGCAGCCCCCAACCCCCACUCCAAGGGGGUACUGAUGUUUAAGAAACGUCGGCAGAGAGCCAAGAAGUACACCCUAGUGAGCUUUGGGGCUGCCGCAGGGACAGGCGCUGAGGAGGAGGACGGCAUCCCUCCGACUAGUGAGUCCGAGCUGGACGAAGAAGCCUUCUCCGACGCCCGCAGCCUCACCAACCAGUCCGACUGGGACAGCCCCUACCUGGACAUGGAGCUGGCCAGGCCAAGCUCAGGUGCAGCAGAGGGCCAGGGCCCGGGGCUGGGAGGGCCGCUGAGUGAGGCCUCUGGGCGAGGGGCCCAACUCUUUGAACAGCAGCGCCAGCGCGCAGCCUCCAGCACCCAGGAGCUGGCCGGGGAUGGUCCAGCCGCCACGCUCAACGGGCAGGGUCUGCAGUCACCACCUCGGGUACAAAGCGCUCCGCCGGAGGCGGCUGUGCUCCCAUCCAGCCCUUCACCGGCCCCUGUAGCCAGCCCCAGACCUUUCCUCCCUAGCGGUGGAGGCUCUGCCCCAGCUCCAAGCAUCUUUAACAGAUCAGCCAGGCCCUUUACUCCGGGCUUACAAGGGCAGCGGCCAGGUACCACCUCGGUUAUUUUCCGGCCCCAGGCUCCCAAGAGGGCAAAUGAAAGCCUGGGAAGCCUCAGCCCCGCCCCACCGCCUUUCCUGUCCUCUCCGCUGGGGACCACUCCUCUGCCCAGCUUCACUUCAGGGGUUCCCAGCCACAUGCCAAUCCCCAGUGCCCCCAGCACCCCACGCUCCUCCGGCCCCGUGACGGCCACCAGCUCCCUAUACAUCCCAGCCCCUAAUCGUCCUGUUACGCCAGGCGGAGCCCCGGAGCCCCCCGCCCCCGCUAGCGGAGCUGCCAAGACCUCCACCGCUUCUAUCUUCCUAUCGGCGCCUCUGCGACCUGCUGCGCGCCCAGAGGCACCCGCCCCUGGCCCCGCGGCCCCUGAGCCCCCCAGCGCUCGGGAGCAGCGCAUCUCCGUGCCAGCUGCUCGCACCGGCAUCCUCCAGGAAGCCCGGCGCCGGGGGACCCGGAAGCAGAUGUUCCGGGCGGGAAAGGAGGAGACGAAGAACUCGCCCAACCCCGAGCUGCUCUCGUUGGUGCAGAAUCUGGAUGAAAAACCCCGGGCUGGGGGUGCGGAAUCUGGUCCAGAGGAGGAUGCCCUGAGCCUCGGGGCUGAAGCCUGCAACUUCAUGCAACCACCAGGGGGCAGGAGUUAUAAGACGUUGCCUCAUGUGACAGCUAAAAGCCCGCCUCCAAUGGCUCCCAAGACCCCACCCCCUAUGACUCCUAAGACUCCACCCCCAGUGGCUCCUAAGCCCCCAUCUAGAGGGUUUCUCGAUGGGUUAGUGAAUGGGGCGGCCCCUUCAGCUGGAAUCCCUGAACCACCAAGGCUUCAGGGCAGGGGUGGGGAGCUGUUUGCCAAGCGUCAGAGCCGAGCGGACAGGUAUGUGGUGGAAGCUACAUCUGGUCCUGGCCUUGGCCCUCGGCCCAGAAGCCCUUCUCCAACCCCCUCACUGCCCUCUUCCUGGAAAUAUUCACCCAAUAUCCGUGCCCCACCACCUAUUGCUUACAACCCACUGCUCUCACCCUUUUUCCCCCAAGCUGCCCGAACUCUCCCUAGUAAGACCCAAUCCCAAGGGCCUCGAGCAGCCCCCAAGCAGGGCAUCAAGGCUUUGGAUUUCAUGCGGCACCAGCCCUACCAACUUAAAACUGCCAUGUUCUGUUUUGAUGAGGUUCCCCCAACUCCUGGACCCACCUCCUUAGGGCCUCCCAAAACUGCCCGAGUCCAGGAGAUCCGCCGAUUUUUGACUCCAGCACCGCAGCCCACUGCAGAGCCCCUGGCCCCCACUGUGCUUGCACCCCGAGCAGCCACUACAUUGGAUGAGCCCAUCUGGAGGGCAGAGCUGGCCUCAGCCCCUGUCCUUAGCCCAGCCCCUCGUCCAGAGUCUCCCAGGGGUCUUGGGACCUCCCCCAGCUCCUGUGGCUUCCAGGUAGCCAGGCCCCGGUUCUCAGCUACUAGAACAGGAUUGCAGGCUCAUGUGUGGAGGCCUGGGGCGGGCCACCACUGAACAAGGCACAGUUCCCAGGACCAAGGGGAGGUGGAACAUCCAGUUCCUAAAGUUGCUUCUCCUACCCAACCCUCCCUCCCACCCCCCUUUCCUCCCUUGCAGGCUAAAUUCGCUCCAGCCAGAUAGUUUCGGAGUUGGUAUCCCAUCCCCCAGCUUCCUCCUGGCUCCCAAUCUCCCUGAUGCUUUCCAACCUAUAA